GACUGAAAUUUCUGCACAGCUGAGGGACAUAUAAUAUACAGUUUAAUCUCUUAAUAAUAGCUCAUAAAGUUGUGUUCUUUUCUUUUUAGAUUUGUUUGUUGGACUUGUAGCUGUCUCAUCUGAUUUAGUCUGGAGAAUAACUGUUUAUUGGUAUGCUGGAAAUAUUAUGUGCAAAAUUGUAAAAUUUUCUCAAGGUUUUAUUAUGCAUGCCUCUUCCUUUCUUCUUAUAUCAUUAUCCAUAGAUAGACGAGAUGCUAUAGUUGAGCCAAUGAAGUUUUCUAGUAGUAUUAAACGAGCCAAGAUAUUAGUUUGUGUAGCAUGGGUGCUGGCAGCAGUUUUCGCAACGCCUUAUACUAUUCUUUAUAAUGAAACAAAAGUUAGCCAUGAGGGAAAAAAUGUUACUACUUGUAAAAAUACAUUCUUUACUAAACCUUGGCAUUGGAAAUUCUGGUUUAGUUUGAGUAUGACAAUAGUAUUUUAUUUGCCCAUUGUUAUCAUUCUAUGUUGCUACGCUCAAAUUAUUUAUGCAAUAUGGAGAAAAUCUACUAUUCUACUUGGCAAUAGAAGAAAUUUUACUGAAACCUGCAAUUUACCUUGUCAAAGGGGAACUAGUGUAUCUUCUCGUGGUAUUAUACCUAGAGCAAAAAUUAGAACAAUCAAGAUGACAUUCUUAAUCGUUUUAGUAUUUAUGCUUUGUUGGAGUCCUUAUCUUAUUAUUAACCAUUUGAAUAUAUACGGCGUUCUUUUAGACAAUUAUAGACCGCUUAUUAUUUUAGUCAACAGCAUGUGCUAUUUUAAUUCAGUAGCAAAUCCAAUUAUAUAUGGAGUGUAUUCAUCAAAGAUAUGUCAAAAUUUCAGUACAUGGCUUCCGAUCUGUAAUAGAUGUGCAAGCCGUACAGAUUCUACUAAUCGUCGUCUGUCAUCCACAUACUACAAAUCCUUUGAGAGCACACGACUUUCCACCACAAGAAAAGAGGCAAUUCUAAUGAAAAAAAUAAACGAAGAUGAAUAAUUUUAUGCUUAAUGCAUAAUAAUCUUUACAUUAAAAAUUUACAAGUGUAUAGCAUAAUAUUUUUACCAUUCAGAUUUAUAAUUAGUCUUUGCAUUUAAUGAUGUGUGAAUGUGUUUUUUUUUCUAUUUUAUUCGAU